AUGCCUCCACCAAGCAGACGCAAACAACAAAGUCGUGAAGCUAACGAAAAAUCAAUUGAAGCAAGAAAAAACUCCCAAGAAAAGAAUGCGCCAAAGGAAGUCGAUCCAAAACACUGGACUGCUUCUGUAAUUGUUAAUGGUGACUCUUAUACUCGAGCAAGGAAUUUAUUUCAAGAUAACAAUAUUAAAGUGCCGAGUGAAAAAGAGUUUUACCGUCAUCAAAAAGAAAUAGGUAAGGUAAUACUAGAAUAUAAAGAGCAAUCUAUUAAAAAUGCUCAACAAACAAUGAAGAAAGAUACAUUUUUAAGCACUGAUUCGCAUUAUAAUGUUGGCAGAAAUGCUACAGCGUGCCAAAGUUUAAUGAUGGACAACCGUGGAAAAGUUGUUGGUGAAACAACUGUUAUAAAAAAGAGCUCUGGAGGAGACUUUGAAGGCUCAUCCAACAUGAUGGAAACAGAAUGUACAAAGAGGAUGAUGUCAAAUUUUGACUUUACAAAUGUUUCCACAGUGGUUCAUGACAAUGACAAUAAAACGAAAGCCAUCAUCCAGCAAUAUGCUCCGAAUGCUAAAAUUACACUUGAUCCUCGUCAUUGUGUACGUGCA